AUGACUAUCACACUCGUUGCAAUCGCCACAGGCAUUGUGGCAUUUAUCCUGUAUUACAUUUGCUGGUCUCUGUUCUCAAGCCCUCUGGCGCGAAUCCCAGGGCCCAAGUCUUUUGCCUUAACCAAAUGGAGACUUGCAUACGAGGACUACAAGGGCACUCGCACUCGCAAGAUACACGCGCUUCAUGAGAGAUAUGGUCCAGUAGUACGCAUCGGGCCAAAUGAGGUGGCUUUCAACAGUCUGUCUGCGUUGCGCGCAAUCUAUGGCGCAGGGAGCGGUUUCGAAAGGACCAACUUCUAUUCUAUGUUUGCGAUAUACGGGCGGAAGAACAUGUUCUCGUUCAAUACGGUGAAGCAGCAUGCCGAACGGAAGAAGCUCUUUGCGCACGCCUAUGCCAAAUCUGCAAUGCUCAAAGGAAUAAAUGCGUCUAUGAUUGAAACGAAGGUCAGAAAGUAUAUGGAAUUUCUGGAAAGAGAGGGUCGAUCGCAGGACAUUUUUACUACCUUGCAUUACUUUUCCUUGGAUAACAUCACCGAAUUUCUCUAUGGUGAUUUCGGCAAGACAGCAUGUCUAGAUGGUAUUGAAGAAGACCGUGCUCUUCUCCAUGAUAUUCUCGCCACCGGUAGUCGCACACUGUCAUGGCUUACUGUCCAUCAUCCUAAGCUCACAGCGUGGCUAUACUCGCGGACUGGGUUCCUGGGUUGCGUCGCUCGCCAGUUCUACCCAAUGCAGAGGCCGACCCCAUACACAAGCAUAAAACUCCAUGCAACCAAGGCAUUCCAGGGGUUUGCUGAUGCCUCAGUUGCUGAGAAGGCCAAGCAGUCGUCACUUAUUUCCAAACUAUGGAAACACCAUCGCAGUAUGAAAGAUGGCGGAUUGGACAAUCUCGAUAUUGCGUCCGAAUGUGCAGAUCAGCUCGAUGGCGGCAUUGAUACCACAAGCGAUACUUUGAUGUUCACAAUCUGGUCCCUUUCUCGCCCUGAACACUGGGGAUUCCAACAGAAACUCAUCGACGAAGUUCGGAGUAUAUCGGAGCACGAUCUAAAUCCAGAAGGGAUCCCCCGAGUAGAAGCAGCUGACAAACUGCCCUAUGUCGAGGCAGUUAUCAAAGAAACGCUCAGGCUCUUCGCACCUCUGCCAGCAUCUGAACCAAGAUCCUCGCCUGAAGCAACAACAAUAGACGGUUAUCUGAUCCCCGCCCGUACCGUGGUUUCAAUUUCACCAUAUACUUUGCACCGAAACGCAGAGGUGUUCAAGAACCCGCUGGAAUUCAAUCCGGACCGCUGGCUCGACCCCUCUCAGGACCUCACGGAAAUGAACAGAUUCUUUUGGGCCUUCUCCAGUGGAGGCAGGAUGUGCAUUGGGAUGCAUCUUGCCAUGGCGGAAAUGACCACAUUUGUGGCCGCACUCUAUCGCAAAUAUACAACUGAACCCAGAGGAGGCUUUGGCACGAUCUCUCCUGGCAUCACUAGCCGUUUUGAGGUCUUCUAUGAUGAGGGCUGCAGUGACAUGCGAGUAUGUUUCCCCUAA